CUUCUGAGCAAGACAGGAAAAAAAGAAAAGAAGGUUGGAGUGUCCCUUUUCAACUCAUCCCCCAUCCUUGCAGCUAGACCUCCUUCUAUGAUCAGCCACACAGAAGCACAUCCUGAUACAACUCCGCUGCAAAGAAGGCGAAAUGGCAGCGGCCACAGUACUCAACCUAUGGAAUGAUAAGGAAGCAAUCUCUGAAUCCUUGCCUCUUGCAUCUGGAGCUGAAAUUGGUGCUUUGACAUUGAGUCAGCUGAAGUUCUUUAAGCAGGUUGCUGUGUAUUUCUCUGAGGAAGAAUGGGCUCUCCUGGAUCCAGGCCAAAGGGCUCUCUACAAAGAAGUCAUGCUGGACAACUAUGAGAGUGUAGCCUCUCUGGAUGGUGAUUGGGACAAUGAGAAGUAUCGGCACCCAGCGCAGAACAGCAAGCAUGAUGAUGGCAAAGACUCUGGAAAGCAUUUUAGUGAGAGACUACUUUCCCGGCGUGAAGGGUAUAAGAGAGGAGUGAAAAAAGCUAAAUGUAUCCUGUGUGGAAAGAAUGCCCGUGUGACGUCAGAACUUACCAUACAUGAAGAAAUUCAUACAGAGGAGAAGCCAUAUAAAUGUGUGGACUGUGAAAAGAUCUCUAGUUCAAGCUCAAACGUUACAGCACUUGAAGAGGAAAGGACAUAUAAUAAGGGUGUCGAGUGUGAAAAGGACGUUAGUACAGAUGGAGCAUCUCACACAGGGAAGAAGAUAUAUAAAUGUAAGGUGUGUGAAAAGAACUUAAGCAGUAGCAGAUCACUUGCUGUCCAUCGGAGAAUUCAUACAGGGGAGAAAUUGUAUAAAUGCACCGAUUGCGACAAGAGCUUUGGUCGGAAGGAGCAUCUUACAAAGCAUCACAGAACUCAUACAGGAGAGAAACCAUAUGGGUGCACCGAGUGUGGCAAAAGUUUUGGUGAUAGUGGAUCGCUUACUGUGCAUCAAAGAACGCACACAGGGGAGAAACCAUAUAAGUGCCUGGACUGUGGGAAAAGCUUCUGUCAGAACGGGCACCUCAGGCAGCAUCAGCGAACGCACACAGGGGAAAAGCCAUACGCCUGCAAGGAGUGCGGCAAGAGCUUCAGUCAGAACGGAGACCUUAGGCAGCACGAAAGAACUCACACAGGAGAGAAGCUGUACAAAUGCAUGGAGUGUGGGAAAAACUUCAGUGAGAGUCGAUCGCUGGCAGUUCAUGAACGAAUUCACACAGGAGAGAAACCAUAUCAGUGUACGGAGUGUGGACGGAGCUUCAGCGUCCGUGGAUCGCUUACUAAACACCAGAGAACUCACACGGGGGAGAAACCAUAUAGAUGUAUGGAGUGUGGAAAGAACUUCACUGAUAGCGGAUCGCUUGCGGUGCAUGAAAGGACUCACACUGGGGAAAAGCCGUAUCAAUGUACAGAAUGUGGCAAGCGCUUUGGUCAGAAAAGGCACCUUAAGAAGCAUCAGAUAACUCAUACUGGAGAAAAACUGUUUAAAUGCAAGGACUGUGGGAAGAGCUUCAGUGACAGCGGAUCGCUUACAAUACAUCAGCGACUGCACACAGAGGAGAAGCCGUAUAAAUGUAAGGAAUGCGGAAAGAGCUUUAGCGUCAGCACAUAUCUUAUCGUGCAUGAAAGGAGUCACACUGGGGAGAAACCGUACACAUGCACAAUAUGCGGGAAGAGCUUAAGCAGUAGUGGAUCGCUUACUGUGCACGAAAGAACCCACACAAGUGAGAAGCCAUACAAGUGUAUGAAGUGCGGAAAGAACUUCAUUCGGAAAGAGCACCUCAUGAACCACGAGAGAACUCAUACGGGAGAGAAGCCCUUUGAGUGCACAGAUUGUGGAAGGAGUUUCAGUGACAGUGGAUCACUUACGAAGCAUCAAAGGACUCACACAGGGGAGAAACCAUACAAAUGCACAACUUGUGGAAAGAGCUUCAGUCAAAAUGGGCACCUCAGGCAGCACGAAAGAACGCACACAGGGGAGAAACCUUAUAAAUGCCAGGAGUGUGGGAAAAGUUUCAGCCAGAACGGGGACCUUAGACAACACAAAAGAACACAUACGGGAGAGAGGCCGUACAAAUGCACAGAGUGUGGGAAAAGUUUUAGCGAUAGUAGAUCACUAACGGUGCAUGAAAGAAUUCACACAGGAGAGAAGCCGUAUAAAUGCACAGAGUGCGGAAAGCGCUUCAAUCUGAGUGGAUCGCUUACUAAGCACCAAAGAACCCACACGGGGGAGAAACCAUAUAAAUGUAUGGAGUGCGGAAAGUGCUUUGGUGAUAGUGGGACACUUCUGAAGCAUGAACGAAUUCACACUGGGGAGAAACCCCACAAAUGCCCAGAGUGUGGAAAGUGCUUCAGUAAGAAAGAACACCUUCGACAUCAUCACCGAACUCAUACAGGGGAGAAGCCUUACUCAUGUGCGAAGUGUGGCAAGAGCUUUAGCACAAGCUCACACCUUACUGCGCAUGAAAGGAUUCACAGUGGGGAAAAGCCCUACAAAUGCCAGCAGUGUGGCAAGAGCUUCAAUCAGAGAGGAAACCUUUGGAAGCAUCAAAAAACUCACAAAAAGAAAGAGACUCUGUAAAUGCACGGAGUGAGAAAAGCACUUCUGUAAUAUACUUUAUUUAUAUUCUGCUUUAUCUCCCCGACAGGACUCAGGGUGGAUUACAGAACACAUA